AUGGAGGAGGAGAGGAUCCUGGAAUCUGAUCUCAAGCACAUAUCCUUCAUCAUGCAGAGGUACACUCCCAUGGAGAAGAUAGGAGAGGGGUCGUUCAGCAUUGUGUACAAAGCCUUGGACGCAGAGUCCGGCAGGUAUGUGGCCCUGAAGGCAAUAACAAGAACUAGCUCGCCUUCCAGGGUCUUGGAGGAGCUGACGUUUCUGAAGGCCCUUGGAGGAAAGCGAAACUGCAUGGGGCUUCUCGGAGUCUUCCGGAACGAGGACCAGGUGGUUGCUGUGCUGCCAUACUUCAAGCCCAUCGACUUCAGAGAGUUCAUCUCAAAUGCAAGCAUAAAAGAUGUCAAGCAAUACCUGUACAACCUGCUGGUGGCAGUGGAGCAUGUGCACAGCAACGGAAUAAUACACAGAGACCUGAAGCCCGGCAACUUCCUCUAUAACAAAGAGGCUGGAAAAGGAAUGCUCAUAGACUUCGGGCUGGCGCAGUAUGAAGAGUGCAAGGAAGAGCAGGGAAGAGAGGACAGCAGCAAGCCCUCGACGCCGCUGCUUUUUUUCAAUUCCAUCGUGUCGAAGACCAAACCUCCGGGAUACUACGAGAGAGACGGAAGGCCACAGAUGAAGGCGCCGAGGGCCGGGACACGAGGGUUUAGAGCACCCGAGGUCCUGUUCCGCCACCAGAGGCAAACAAGGGCCAUAGACAUGUGGUCGGUCGGCGUGAUCUUCCUAACAAUUCUGACUGCACAGUAUCCGUUCUUCUACUCGUCGGACGACGUCGAUUCCAUUGUCGAGAUUGCAACGAUCUUUGGACAUGCAGAAAUGAGAAAGGCCGCAAGAUUCUACGGAAGAAUAUGGAGGUCAAACAUAGACACAAUUCCGGAGGAAAGGAUUCCGUUUGAAAGGAUUGUGGAGUCGCUCAACCCGUGGGCAGAGGUGGGUGCAGAAGGAUACGACCUGCUCUACAGAAUGCUUGACCUUUGCUCCUCGUCUAGAAUCACUGCACCAGAUGCCCUAAGCCACCAGUUCUUCGACGAUCUGAGGCCGCAUAGAGAUGACACAUAG